AACCUAUACAUAUAAAAUAAUCUCAUUUCAUCAUAUCUGAUUUCAUCAAACAGUAUCCUGAAGCUUGUAGAACUUAUAAAUCAUUAAAUCAUGAGCAAUAUCAUAUUCAUUUAUUUUCUCGCUCUGCUUUUCGUUUGUGAAAACACGUGUAAGGUUAGAAGUUUGGAAACCGAAGACGAUGAAAAAUGCUCAAGUGAACAUGGUAUCAAGACACUCGUAAAUGUUGAUAGUUUUGGUGCUGUUGGAGAUGGUGUUUCUGAUGACACGAAGGCAUUUGCAAAUGCAUGGAAGCAAGCGUGCUCUACAGCAGCGGCAGUGCUUUUGGUUCCUCCGGACCGUACUUAUAAAGUUAAUGCAACGAGAUUUAGAGGACCUUGUAAUGAAGAUCUACUUGUUCAGAUCGAUGGAAAUAUUGUAGCACCAGAUGAGCCUAAAAACUGGGAUCCGAAAAACCCGAGAAAUUGGCUCUACUUUUCUAAUCUCAACGGAGUCGUUUUCCAAGGACAUGGAGUUAUAGAUGGAUCGGGCCGGAAAUGGUGGGCUGCUUCUUGCAAAAAGAACAAAACAAAUCCUUGUGUAGGAGCCCCAACGGCACUGACGAUUGAUCAAAGCUCAAACAUAGAAGUGAAUGGCCUUACCAUCCAAAACAGUCAGCAAAUGCAUUUUACUAUAUCGCGAUCAGAAUCCGUUAGAAUUUUCAAUGUUGUAGUUUCAGCUCCUGAAGAUAGUCCAAACACUGACGGAAUCCAUCUCACUGCAUCGAAAAAUGUAGUUAUUCAGGAUAGUAAAAUCGGGACAGGUGAUGAUUGCAUCUCAAUUGUGAACGGUUGCUCUAAUAUCAAGAUGAAGUCGAUAUUUUGUGGGCCGGGUCAUGGUAUCAGUAUAGGAAGCCUUGGAAAGGAUAAUUCGACAGAUUUUGUAACAGCAGUAGUUGUGGAUACGGCUUUCCUUAAAGGCACUAUGACAGGCCUCAGGAUUAAAACAUGGCAGGGAGGAUCUGGUUAUGUUCGAGCUGUGCGGUACAAAAACGUUCAAAUGCAUGAUGUGGCAAAUCCCAUUAUUAUCGAUCAAUUCUAUUGUGAUUCGCCUAAACGUUGUCAAAAUCAGACAUCAGCUGUGGAGAUAAGUCAAAUUGUGUAUGAAAACAUCAGUGGAACAUCAAAGAGUCCAAACGCUAUCAAAUUUGCAUGCAGUGACACAGUUCCAUGCACGAACAUCGCUCUUAACAAUAUCAACUUAAAAAGAACAGAUGGGAAAUCAGCUCAAACGUUCUGCAACUCUGUUAUGGGAUUUGCCAUUGGUCAUAUUGAACCACCUGCAGACUGUUUAAUGCCCGUUAACAACUCGUUCUGCAACACAGAGACUGAACUCAACCGUGAGUAUUUGAUUCAUAGUGAACUUUAGUUUGUAUUCUUUGUAAUUCUAGCGGUUCUAGAGGGCGAUCCGUGUAGCACUGAAGAUUAUUUUAGCAUUCUGAAUAUUGUUUUAGUGUAUUGGGUAUUUAUUUUGAGUUGUAAUGGGUGUUAUAUA